GGGAACGAAAAGAAAGAAACAAAAAGAGACGCAGCCUGGCAAUGAGUACAAUUCAGAUGGCAACACGCAGCAAGCAAGGAAUACAUCGGGGCACUGGCAAACGACAAAAAUCACCAAGGAAAUGUGGUGAAAGUAUCAUGCUCCACAAAGGUGCUGGACUACCAAAGUAUCUUGUCCAAUACCACAACAAUCAUGUUGUGUAGAAAUUAGGAGAGGAAGAAUCUUUGGGGCCCUGUUUUCAUUUUGAGUUCAUCUUUAGAUUCCAAUUCCUGAGCUCUCUUUAAUUUGUACAUUACUUACAUAUUCUAAUGGAAAAUUGGAGAAUGAUGUGAAGUUAAUAUAUGACUGCCUUGGGGGCUUUUUCCUAGUUAGGUGUUUAGAGUGUGUGUGUGUAUUUCAAUGGCGAUUUGAUUUCAGUAUUUCAGUGUAGAUUUGAUUUCAAUCAAAUCAAUUUAAAUCACGGUUUUCUGUAUAAAGACUCAUUCUUGCUGGUAUAAUCUUAAUAUUUACAACCAGAUGAAGGUUUUGUUUGUAGAAUAAUAACUGUUCAGAUUUAAUUUUAAAGUUAUAUCAAGAUUUACUGAUUUGGUUAUACUAUUAGAAAUGUAUAAAUAAUUAUGAUAUCAUUGCAAGGGGAACCAUUUCCAAAUUCAUUUGGACCAAUAGGCCUUGCAUUUCUUUGUUGCCGUGUUUGCAUUUUGCAUGCAUGCAUGCCUUACCCAUAAGUAGAUGAACUUUGUUAAAACAUUCCCAAAAGGAGUCUCUUUUAUGGCGUGCUGCCAUUAUUUUCUCCUUCAGGGAGAAAAUAAUAUGAUAAACCUCAGGCUAUACACACAAAGAUCCCAAGGCUUGUGGAGUAUUCAGCUCAAGAGAUUUCACUUUCAUUUUUACAGGUAGUGAGCACCACCAUAAAAUAGCUGCUAUAAGUGACUGUGACCAAUCACAAAAUGUUGGGUGGUUCCAAGCCAAGUGCUCUUCUGUACUGUAAGAUGAUAUUUCCAAAUGAGGGUUCCCUACUGUGGGGAACUGAAGAACAACCAGUUUGUGACAAGAGGAGGCAAGUCUCCUCUGAACCAAUUAAGUUACUUCAAGGAUUGUUGAACUUAACCUACCCAACCCUUGACUUCUUAAAUACCUAUCACUGCCACCAGCAGGGCCCUCAUUUUAACCAGAAGGAAUCGUGCAAGCUCCUGGAUAAACUAUUAGGAAUUAUUUCUGUGUGUUCCAUGACACUGGCAAUACCAGCCCCGUUAGUAAACAAAACCAAUUCCUGUUUCAGUCACACAUAGCCGAGUCUAGGGAUUGCAAGAAGAAGUUAAAUGACUUCACUUAUAACUCCUAAUUCAUAUUAACAAGCAAAAAUAACAGAAACCAUGGGUUCUUUAUUGCUAUAAACAAACAAUUGGAGACGUUGUAACUUGUUUAGAACACAAGGCAGAGUAAGCAGAAUUGUAUCAAAGCACAACAGGGACAAAAAUAGCUAGUCUGACCUUUCUGAUCCUCACUAAAACCUCUCCCCAAUCUCAUCCUUUACCAGCCAGAGUCUCACCAGCAAAAUCCCAACUGCCUCUUCUUGUCAGUCAUUAAAAACAGAAGUCCAACUACCUUUCACUCUGAUUGGUGGAGAGCCAUCAAUGGAAGAAUUCCAAGAGGCAUCCUGUAUAUCACCAGGCUGGUUGGUGCCAAUACUAAUCAAUAUAGGCAGCAGGCUUAUAUAGGUCAAUAGAGGGGAGGGAUUUUGCCUUGAAAAUCCAUCAUGCCUGCAAACACAAAUGUGAUGCUUCUUAGGGUUUUCAGAAGCACUUCCUCACAGUGAGUUAAAGAAAAGUUAGGAUUGGCUGAUUGCUUUUGAGAAGGAGCAAGGGGGCACCAGGAAAUACAUCAGUGAGCAAUAUGAAGCAGGAGUGCCCAGCCAGCAGUCUUCAUACCAUACAUUUAGCAGUGAAGUUGAAAUCGAAAUGUUUCAGAAAAGACUUCUUGCUUGGUACAAUAAAUGCAAACGGGACCUUCCUUGGAGAAAACUGGCCACAGCUGAAACUGAUUGUGACAGGCGAGCAUAUGCUGUGUGGGUAUCAGAGAUCAUGCUUCAGCAGACUCAAGUGGCUUCUGUGAUCAACUACUACAAUCGCUGGAUGCAGAAAUGGCCAACCUUACAGGACUUGGCUGGAGCUUCACUAGAGGAAGUGAAUGAACUGUGGGCAGGGCUUGGCUACUAUUCUCGAGGGAAGCGGCUCCAGGAAGGUGCACAUAAGAUUGUGUCAGAAAUGGCAGGUCAUAUGCCCAGGACAGCAGAGGACCUGCAGAAGCUGCUGCCAGGAGUUGGGAAGUACACUGCAGGAGCUAUUGCAUCCAUAGCAUUUGGCCAGGUGACAGGUGUGGUGGAUGGGAAUGUAACUCGAGUUCUGUGCCGCGUACGAGCCAUUGGUGCUGACCCCACCAAUUCUUCUGUUACUGACCAAUUCUGGGCUUUGUCACAUGCGCUAGUGGAUCCAGCCCACCCAGGUGAUUUUAACCAAGCUAUGAUGGAACUGGGGGCAACGGUGUGCACUCCCAGGGCCCCACUGUGCACGGAGUGUCCAGUGAGGCAACACUGCAGAGCUCACCACAGGGUAAGUGGAUACCUUCCUCUCUAAUGUCUGCCAGGAAGGAAUUUAUUCUGUGAGGGAUUUGGCCCAGAUACACACUGCCAAGUGUCCUCCCCAACCACCACUUUGUGUGCACGCACAUUUUUCUUUGUAUUGGGCAUGUAUUAUAUGUCUCAAUUCUGUUCUAAUUUGGGUUGGUUUCAAUCUUGGAAUUGUGAUUAAUAUUAACAUGUGGUUUGUUGUUGGGGUCAUGGGAGUUCUGGAGGCAGCUUUGAGAACCAAGUUAAUGUA